AUAUAAAGUCAGCGCCUAGAAUAGCAUAGCAUAGUAUUGAAUUAAAAGUGGAAGUGAAAACUUCAAGCAAAUCGGAGCAGAGACACAAAAUCAAGCGUUUUAUAUUUUUAAGCGAAUAAAGAAUUGAAAUUCAUUUUAAAGUAUUAAGUGUGAAAAUUUUUGAAAAAAAUUAUUUGAGAUGGCUGAUGUUGAAACACAAGAUGUAGAAACCUUCGCUUUCCAAGCUGAAAUUGCUCAGCUUAUGUCAUUAAUCAUCAAUACAUUCUAUUCAAAUAAAGAGAUUUUCCUUCGUGAAUUGAUUUCAAAUUCUUCUGAUGCUUUAGAUAAAAUUCGCUAUGAAUCAUUAACCGAUCCUAGCAAACUUGAUUCUGGAAAAGAACUUUACAUUAAAUUAAUUCCAAACAAGGCAGCUGGAACAUUGACAAUCAUUGAUACUGGUAUUGGUAUGACUAAAGCCGAUUUAGUUAACAAUUUGGGUACCAUCGCCAAAUCUGGAACCAAAGCUUUUAUGGAAGCUUUACAAGCUGGUGCUGAUAUUAGUAUGAUCGGUCAAUUUGGUGUAGGUUUCUACUCUGCAUAUUUAGUAGCUGAUAAAGUUACUGUUACUUCUAAACAUAAUGAUGAUGAACAAUAUACAUGGGAAUCGUCAGCUGGAGGUUCUUUCACAAUUAGAACAGAUCAUUCAGAACCAUUAGGACGUGGUACCAAAAUUGUUCUUCAUAUUAAAGAAGAUCAAGCUGAAUAUUUGGAAGAAAGUAAAAUUAAGGCUACAGUUCAAAAGCAUUCUCAAUUUAUUGGAUAUCCAAUCAAAUUGGUAGUAGAAAAAGAACGUGAAAAAGAAGUAAGUGAUGAUGAAGCUGAAGAAACCAAAGACGAAGAUAAAAAGGAUGAACCUAAAUUAGAAGAUGUAGGUGAAGAUGAAGAUGCUGAUAAAGAAAAGACCAAGAAAAAGAAGAAAACUAUUACAGAAAAAUAUGUUGAUGAUGAAGAGCUUAACAAAACUAAACCCAUUUGGACACGUAAUGCCGAUGAUAUUUCACAAGAAGAAUACGGAGAAUUUUAUAAAUCAUUAACAAAUGAUUGGGAAGAUCAUUUGGCAGUUAAACACUUUUCAGUAGAAGGUCAAUUGGAAUUCAGAGCAUUACUUUUUGUACCAAGACGUGUUCCAUUUGACUUAUUUGAAAAUAAGAAAAAAUGUAAUAACAUCAAAUUAUAUGUUCGUCGCGUGUUUAUCAUGGAAAAUUGUGAAGAUUUAAUUCCCGAGUGGUUGAAUUUCAUUAAAGGUGUUGUAGAUUCAGAAGAUUUGCCUUUAAAUAUUUCACGUGAAAUGUUACAGCAAAAUAAAAUUCUUAAAGUAAUUCGAAAGAAUUUAGUGAAAAAAUGUAUUGAACUCUUCGAAGAAUUAAGUGAAGAUAAAGAAGGAUACAAAAAAUUCUAUGAUCAAUUCAGCAAAAAUAUUAAAUUGGGAAUUCAUGAAGAUACACGCAAUCGUCAAAAAUUAGCUGAUUUCAUAAGAUUUUACACAUCAGCUUCUGGUGAUGAAUACUGUUCACUUGCCGAUUAUGUUAGCCGUAUGAAGGAAAACCAAAAACAUAUUUACUUCAUCACUGGGGAGAGUAAAGAACAAGUAAGCAACUCAGCCUUUGUUGAACGAGUUAAGAAACGUGGAUUCGAAGUUGUUUACAUGACAGAACCAAUUGAUGAAUAUGUCAUCCAACAUUUGAAAGAAUAUCAAGGAAAACAAUUGGUAUCUGUUACUAAAGAAGGUUUAGAAUUACCAGAGGAUGAAGAAGAAAAGAAAAAGCGUGAAGAAGAUAAAGCUAAAUUUGAAGGUCUUUGCAAGCUUAUGAAGCAAAUUUUAGAUAAUAAGGUUGAGAAGGUCACUGUAUCAAACCGUUUAGUUGAUUCACCAUGCUGUAUUGUAACAUCUCAAUUUGGUUGGUCUGCUAAUAUGGAACGUAUUAUGAAAGCUCAAGCACUUCGUGAUUCUUCAGCUAUGGGAUACAUGACUGGUAAAAAACAUCUUGAAAUCAAUCCAGAUCAUCCAAUCAUUGAAACAUUGCGUCAAAAAUCUGAAGUAGAUAAAAACGACAAAGCUGUCAAAGAUUUAGUUAUUCUUCUUUUUGAAACAUCAUUACUUUCAUCUGGUUUUUCAUUGGAUAGUCCACAAGUUCAUGCUUCAAGAAUUUACAGAAUGAUUAAAUUAGGUUUAGGAAUUGAUGAGGAUGAACCAAUGGCUGUUGAAGAAAAUGCAGCAGGUGCUGCCGAUGUUCCACCUUUAGUAGAUGAAUCUGAGGAAGCAAUUUUCAUGGAAGAAGUUGAUUAAGGUGGAAACCAUAUUUCUUAGUUGUUACCGCGUUGUAGUGGUUUAAAGAAGUUACAAUAGUAUCAUUUCUGCUAUAAUUAAGUUCGAUGUUUGAUUCCAAUACUAUCUUAGUUUAGAAAUAGAACAAUAAAUUAACAAUUCAAAAUUUUAAGUUUAUUUGACUGAAUCUUAAUAUUGAUAUUUUUGUUUAUUUAUUCUAAUAAAUGCGCAAAAUUGCCUAAAAUUAAA